AUGCAAAAUAUGAGCUCAUCUGGCAACACCCCCACUGCGAAGAGGAGAUUAGAUUCGCUUAUGAGACAUUUAUUUCUUUCAAAGCCUUUGCAAAACUCGAUAACAAUGAUGUCAUCAAUGAAUAAUAGUAAUAAUAACACCGACGCAAAUUUAGGAUCACAACGAUUUUCAUCUUCGGAACAUGUUAGAAAAGCUGAUACUACACCGAAGGAUCAAAAUAAUAAUAACAAUGUGCAUGGAGCAAGUCAAAAUAGUUUCAAUACCGACAACAACUCAUCGGAAAUUAAAACAGAAGAGAAAUUAAUUAAAAUUGAUCAAAAACAAAUAAUUCAAGAUUUGGAAGGUGAUAAAUUAAAACCAGACCAAGCGUUAGAUCUUGCUCAUCGACUAAUAGAUAACUCUCAAUUUGAAGAAGCAAGACAAUUUAUAUUUAAUAUUCUUGCAUUUAUUCCUUCGUCACUUGAAGAAAACGACGUAUCAAGGAGGGCCUACAGGCUCGUGGCUCUGAGCUAUUAUAACAACAAUGAAUUAAAAGAAGCUCUGCCAUGGUUCAGAAAGGCUGCCUUGAACUCAAAUUCUGUUCAGGAUUGGUUUAAUUUAGCAAAUACCUCUGCACAAGUUCAAGACGACGACUCAAAUUUACUACGUCUUGCAAUGUAUGCCUUUUCACAGAUUGAGAACUUGCACAAAGAGUCAAAUUUCCAACUUCAACCUUCUUUUUGGAUUCAACUAUACUAUUUUAUAAUAUCGUUAAUGAACGGAAAACACCAUACUGAGGCUUUUACGUUAUUGAACAGAUUAAGAUUGGCUUACAAACGAGCCAGAUUUACUGACCCAUCAUAUUUACAAGAAAUCGGUUUACCUUCUUUUGACUCUUUCAUUAAACUAUGCUUAACGUUAUUCAGGAGAGUUGACCGCUUAAAUCAAGGUUUUGAUUUUUUAAAACAAAUGGAUGUAGAUGAGGCAGGAAAGCAAACUAUUGAACGAAUUAUUAGCGAAGCUGCAGAUUAA